AGUGUAUCCUAAUUCCUUUUUAGGCAUUAAGACAGACAAUUGAAAGUCUCCGGCCAAAGGAAGAAAUAAUGAAGGACUUUGCUGGCUGCCAGAACUGGCUAAUAAAAGUCAAGUCAUUGAAGAUGACGGUGGAAGAGAUACUUUCUGAAAACGUCCUGGUGACCAGGCUUAGAGAGAAUGGGGAGAUACUCAUCACAGAAAUCCAGCUUUUUUGGCAAAGCACCCGGAUUAUGUAUCUUCUCAUGGAUCAUCUUCUUCCAGAUGAGAUAGACAUGGACAAAGAACUUUUAACUUUUUUUGUUCGAUAUCUUGUUCGGAUGUGGAAGAACCUCAACACUGAGAAUGGAAACAAUAUGGAAUACGUGAUUGAGAAGGUCACAGGAACACUGACACAAUGUGGAAAGAAUGCUUGCAAUAUUUUCAUGGUUAAGUGCACAUAUUGUGAUAAAGAGUUUACAGAGGAUGACACCGCUAAAGUGGAAUGUGGACACAUGUUCCAUCUAUCAUGUCUGAGGGACCACAGUGAUACAAACUGCAGGAAAUGCAGGAAAGAGAUAAGCACUGACUACAAACCGUGUGGAGCUGUAGACAAGGAAACGUUUUUGAAAGUGAACCGAUUUAGGAGAAAGUGCAACUCCUUUUUUGUUGAGUUCAUGUGGAACUUUGUUCCCACCAAAGCGCAGCUGACCGACAAAAUAGUGGAAAAGCUGAUGAACUACGUGAGAGGCAGCCCAUCUGCAGAAGCUAAAACAUCAGAAAAGUCCAAACUGGAGGAAUAUCUGAAGCCUGAUCCCACCACUUACUCUCUUGUGCUGAAGAUUUUACUUCGAUGCGGAAUGGAGGAGUCAGCUCCUCAGCUGCAGAGGUUCAUGGAAGCGGCUUUAAGCUCCAGCAAGGACAACACUGAGGAGCUCUACUUCAUGAUGGUGCGCAGCAUAGAGGAUCACAUCCAUUCAUCAAACCAAGGGUGUCUCCUCCAGAAGGCACAGGAGUGUCUCAGCACCUGCAUAUUCACCACAUCUGAGCCGGAUGUCAUCACUGCUGAGGAUCUUCAUGCGAUUGCAAAAUUAAGAUUUGCUCUCUCAGUCGCCUCUGAUAUGAUGCACAGUGUAUUAACAGAAGGUAGGUCUUGUUCAUUUUGUGUUCAGAAAGAUUGAAUUCUGCUGUUACUACUAC